UCGUCCAUUCACUCCGCGUUACGGACCAUAGUGCAACCUCUGACGCGUGGGUGUUCGCUGCAAUACGCGCGCUAUUUGACGUCAUUAUUUUGAUACGUAAACGUGUCUAGGAGUUAUGCGUAUUUAGUCACCAUGGGUGAACAGACAUUCAAUAUUUCGGAUGACAAUUUAGAGCAGCAUAUAGUGACUUUAUUUGAGAAAUUAGAGUGUUUGCGUAGUAAUUCUAAUGAAGCGAGUUUGGGGGGCCGAGUGCCGGCCAGGUUGGAAGUGAGGACUUUAUCACUGUGGAAGGCUGUUGUUGCCGAAUGUGCGGCGUCUUUCUUGUAUGUUUUUAUCGUGUGUGGUGCAGCAGGUGGUGCUGGUAUCGGGGCAUCUGCCUCAGCUGUCUUGCUUUCCACAGCUCUCGCUUCCGGUUGCGCUAUCGCAACGUUGACUUUAUGCUUCGCUCACAUAUCAGGUGCUCACGUGAAUCCAGCUGUGUCAGCAGCGUUAUGUAUUCGGCGGCGUGUGUCACCGCUACGUGCGGCUCUAUACGUUGCUGCUCAAUGUGGAGGCGCCAUAGCUGGUGCAGCUGCUAUUUACGGGGUUAGCGUACCAGGUUACGCUGGUGGUUUAUCAGCGUCAUUGCCAGCUGGCGGUGGAGCGGCAUGGGAGCGCCUUGGCGCUGAACUCUUGCUGUCAGGCUUGGUGGCUGCUGCAUACUUCGCGGCCAUGGAGCGAAGAUGGACUGGCUCUGCACCUGUGUUACUUGGAGCUGCUUAUUGUGCUGCAAGCUUUGUCUCUAUGCCAUCCCUAAACCCAGCCAGAUCCCUGGGCCCUUCCUUCGUAUUAUCACGUUGGGACAGCCAUUGGGUGUGCUGGGUCGGAGGCCUUGGUGGGGGGAUCGCUAGUGCCCUUCUCCACGAGUGGGCAUCCAGAAAACCACGGGCGAACUCCAACUCGAGGGCGUCGUCACCGAGGGAUCUGGAUGAGCUGGACAAGCCAGCGUUCCCUUCGCACCAUCAUUACAGACAUGCGUCCACGUACUGCUCAGCGACACCACGACCGGAUAACACUGAGCCGCUGUACUCAGGCUCGAAGUCUCUUUACUGCCGGUCACCACCACCUGCAAGGCACACUCUACACAGGUCUGAUGGAUCCUCAUGUAAAAUGUCUCAGUCUGUGUACAGUAAAACCAGUGCUGCAGCAGCUGGAUCACUGGUUGCGGCUCAAUCUUUGCUUUUACGGCCUCCAACGCAUACUGUCACAAUGAACCAGAAUGUACACAACGCCCAGCGUGACCCGCCUUAUGGCACCAACGUUAAUGUACGACCAGGACCAGCAGGUGCAGCUGUACAGGAACGUCGGGAGUCAGUAUACAGUUCGGGCACACGGCGGGGUCCUCUCUCGUCCGAAGACAGUGCGUACGGCAGCUACGGCCCCCAACAGCCUGCCUUGCCCCACGCACGUACUUUCAGGGCGCCUCUUCAUCCGGACCAUUACUAGCGGCGCGCUUCGCAGCACAAUAUUGCGCUGCUGUUUGACGUUUAGUGUACUAUAUGAGCUCUGACGUUCAUGCUACAUGAUGGUGUGGUGCAUAGUGCGAGUUUCGGUGACGUUAUUAUGAAUAGAACAAAGGACAGUUGAGGCUAGAGCUGUGAACUUACCUUGUGUUUGUAUAAAGUUUAAAUAACAAUAAUUUCUGACUUAUUCUUAAAAGUAAUAAAACAAUUGCCGAUAUGUCUUACUAUCGCUAUCCAAAAUAAUAUAACUGAAUAUCAUAUUCUUAUAUUUACUCAAAAAAAUAUCAGUAUUUUAAUUGCAUAUGUAAAUAUUAGCUGGUAAGUUCAUUUAUUGUAUGUGAAUUAAAUUGUGGUUUAACAAACAACUGAUUCAUUAUAACCGUCUUUAUUGGUCUGUGAACGUUUUGGUCUAUUGAAUGACAUGGGGAUAUUCAUAAAUGUGUCAGCUCUAAGUGCGACUCCCUUACGUCAAAUCCCAUACGUAUUGGAUAAUAUGGAAGUCAUCACAGGCUCCAUUAUAUAUAUAUAUGUAUG